AUGGGUUUGGUGCCAUACUCCCAACAACGAGGUGAAGACAUCUUAACUGGGGACGACCAAUUGUUUGACAACCCCAGCCUCUUUAAGAAGGCUAUUAUUUUAUUUUCUGUGUUGAACAAGUUCACAUUCAAGUAUUUGGAUAAUAGUCAUUCAUAUUAUAGGUUGGUUUGCGUCAUUGAUGGUUGUCCACGGAAGCUAACGACUAGAUCGCAAGGCAAGUCUGAACUUAUUAGAGUGAUCAAGCUGAACAACGAACAUUUGCACACUGCACACGACACGGCUUCUUUCAAACCAAGGAUUCGGGCAAAAGAGAUGGGUAUGAUUUUCAAGGACAAACUACUUGUGCAGCCCGAGCUCCUCCCGAGGAGCAUAUGCAAGGACUUUGAGUUAGCGUUCCAUAGUCCCCUAACUUACUCGCAGGGAUGGAGGACUAAGGAACGCGCCCGUAAAUUGAUAAGUGGCCCAAUUUCGAUGACGUAUCACUUAGUGCCGUGGAUGUGUGAACGACUUAUACAAUCGAUUCCAAAUACAAAGGCAGUUUGGACUUCGAAUGUGGAUGGCAAGUUCAGCCAACUUUUUGUCGCUUAUGGUUGUAGCAUUAUGGGCUUCUUGUUGGGAUGUCGACCCAUGUUGUUUAUUGAUGCCUGUUUCUUGACUGGUCCUUAUCGAGGUAGUUGCAUGUCUGCAGUCGCGUAUGAUGCGAAUGAUCAGUUGUUCCCCGUUGCAUAUGCUGUUGUAUCAUCUGAGAAUUAUGAGGAUUGGCUAUGGUUCAUGCAGAAUUUGAAGGAAGCUGUUGGCGAUAAAGCAAUUGUGUUAGUCACCGACCGCAAUAUUUCGUUGUUAAGGGCAGUGAACGAGGUGUUUGGCGAGGAAUUUAACGCAUGGUGUGUUCGCCACGUGAAGGAGAAUUUUAGUAAGUUUGCCACCGGGAAAGGAUUGAGGGGGAACCCAAAGAGUUCCGCAUUGGACCUCUUCACAAAAAUUGCGUAUGCAAAAGAUCAUCGACUCUAUGGGGUGUACAUGACCAAAUUAUUUGGUGUGUCACCUGAGUUGGCAAAGUGGGUUGAAGACAAUGGUCCACAACACUAG